GCCCACAAUAGCUAAACCCAGAGACACUUUCAUCAUGUGUUGCUUACUAGAACGACGCCAUGUUUGCAAAGGAAGAACCAAUCAGAACGAAAGAAUUUCUGGGAAGGACUUCCGGUUUUCGCGGAAGCUUUUCAACUAGAAAAAUGUUUUGGAUGAGUUUUGCAGCUCAAAAAUCGUGCUUAAAGUCGCUGAAUCUACUUGUUUUGUUGGUUUCCAUUAAUCUUAUUUCAGGUAUGUAUUGCACAGAUACAUCAAUAUUUGUUAGAUACACAGAUACCUGCGAUAUUUCAUCGAUCAUGACAUCAACAUCAUGCUCUUGUCAGUCAAGUCAAGCCGAACGUGAUCAGAUGAAUCUGUGAAAUCCCACACUAUAUAAUAUCACUUUCAGCCAAAGGGUCAAGAUCAUGCGAUGUCUGAGGGCAUUUUCGCGCCCAUUUCGUUAUACAUUGUACUUGCCAUUGCAUGUCGGAUAUAUGUAAGUGCUCUAUGUAAGUGUAAGCUUUUUAACUUAAGGUUAACAUCUUAAUACACUCAGCUGGUUUCGCUUUCUCUAUUUGAGCGUAUAAACAUUCGCAAACUUUGCAAUCGCCCGGUUGUAUGAAUGUUAAAAGCUUUCAUUUCAUCUGAAGGCUCAUAUUUUGAUUUCCUCGGCCUGUAUUUAAAACAACCAAAGGUAUAUAUUCCCUGAUAUAUUGAACGAGUAUCGAAGUUUACAGUAAACAGAUCGUGAAGCUGCGGGGAUCGGGGUGGGAUGGGUGAGGUAAAGGGUUAGGGCGAGGAAAAAGAAAAACGUUAUGAGUUGAAAUGAAACCUUACAAGUAGCAUUGUUCCCUGAGGAUUUGGACUAGAGAUGCACUGUACUUGAAGCAAGGCUGUGCUUUAAGAAUAGAAAGGAGCCCUGUGCUCUGAACCUGCAAACUCUAAACUUCAAAAAGGUGUUUUUUAAAUGCCGUCAAUCAUAAUGAGGAAACACAAGCGACGAACCGUGAAACAGAGAAACACAAAACGGAUCGAAAAUCCACAAAUCACAAACCACGACCUUUUGAACCCGUGAAGUAAAGUUUUGUUUGCUAUAGAGAUCCGUUAAGAUAAGAUGAUUGACAGCAGCGAAAAACAUGCAAUCGUCGGUUGCCUUCUGAACUUCAGAAUUCGCAUGUUUGUGAAAAAGUGCGGUGAAUAGACGAAUCCAGGGCCCCAGCAUGUGAUUUCCUUAUGGAAUCACUAUUCAAAGAACGUGACGCACUGAAAACUAAUUAGGGUGUGUUCCUUUCGGUGAUCCAAAAAUUUUUCUCAAGUCAAGCCUUGAACUUGUGUGCGGAUUUUAGACCUAAGAACGGAUUUCACGUUCCUUUCGGCAAAUCCAAAUCCGUAUUUUUGAUCUGGUGAAUCCAAGGAUUCAUUGGAUUUGAAAUCCGAAGAAUCCAAAUCCAGAUUAACAGAUUUUAGUGAUCUACGCUGUUCCAUUCACAGUGGAUCCGAAAUUAGUCAGAUGAUCCAGCAGUAUUUCCAGUUGAAGUAUUCCCAUAGUGGCCAAAUGAAAAGGAGCAAAUAAUAUCUUUUUCAUGGAUGGAAAGUACAUGUAUCCCUGAAAAUGUUUUUCAGUAGCCCUCUUUGAAGAAAAUAAUAAAUGAAGAUAGUUUUGCCUGUAGUUGACUACACUAGGGACUGGAUCCAGGAGGGAAAGUUUGAAAUUUGGUGGGUUAAUUUACACAUUUGCAGGGAGGGGUGAUGGGUAAUGUCUUACAUGUAGGUUAUUUGUUUUAUGAUUACGUCAGGUGUAUGCAUUCAAAAAUUUUAUUCCUUGCAUUCUGAAAACACAAUCACAUGCUUUUUAUCCUGUUCAAGAAAGAUUUUGCAUUCUGAUUUUUGUUAAGUUUUUGUGCAUACGCACAAAAGCUGAAAUUUAAAACCAGUAAAUUUAUAAAUUUUGAUCUGAGCACUGCUGUAGCUUAAUGUUUUUUGUUUCUUGAACAAAGUAAACAAAUUCAACAAUUCAAAAUUUAUUUGGUAUGAGCUGAUUUCUAGCCCCUUCAACAGGCCUUAGAUACAUGUAUGCCCAUCAUUAUUAAUUAUGCAUCUAGCUAAGAAUAAAUUAUAUUGACAUAUGUACUAUUUUUAUAUGUUUAUAAAUUUAUUUUUUUUACCUUUCAGGAAACUUUACUUUACCACAGCCUCAAAAACCUUCAGUGUUUGCUUUUGGUUUGCCACCUGGACUUGUUAAUGUUUCAUUGUUCGCUAUACCCUUUCAAGGAACUGUACAAUAUGACUUGCUGUAUGGUAAAACUUGCCCGUGGGUAUCUGACACUGAAUGUUCCAACGUUACAAGAAAGCUAAGCCCAGUUGUCAGCUGCCACCGAGUAGAAAAACAGAAUAGCACGCAUAUCAAGCAUUUUAGUUGUGUCAUUUGCAACAGCACGGAGAAGUGUAGGACUAUGGGAAUUAAAAAUGGCGAUAUGUGUUUAUACUUCAAGGUGAAUGUGACAACCCCUAUAGUUUCCUGCAGACACAUCUGUAUGCAGCGUAACUACGUUGAUAUACGUAAGUACUCCCGCUUGCUUGUUAUGUAUAUAAUUUAGAGAGCUUUAGAUUCAAAGAUGAGGACAACUAAUACAAGAACGGGAUUUUCUGAAUAAUAAGUAGUGCGCGCAUGCAAACCAAUGUCAUUUUGGUGGGAAAAUGUGAUAGCCAAUUAGCCAUCAUCAUUAAUUCAACUACGAUUUUUUGAGAGAAUGUUGUAGUGGUAAAAACAAGUUAUCAAAUGUUAGGAAUUUUAUCAAUUUGGCGAUCUGGAGAGGGCUUUAUUUUAAAUACCUCCCUCGAAAUGGAAAUAAGCCUACUUUUGUGGUGAAAAAAACUAUGUUGAAGCUUUUCAGGGUGUCUAUUUUUAGAGAAUAGGCGAGAAAGGACGAUUAUAUUGUCCUCGUAGUUGUCCGACGUUCAAAUCUAAAGCUCUCUAACUUCAACACCAGUAUGUAGGUUUGAGGGGGAUACAUACAUUUGCAGUACAUGUAUGUUACCCCUAGAAAUAGACAAAUUCUAUAUACCCUGGUUAUUUAAGGCAUUUGAGAACCAUGUAGUAACAUUAGUAACUGUUAAUACUCUCUGAUAACCUCAUAAUCUCCAGAAGAGUAACACUGUGUGAUUUUAUUUGCUCUACUCACAAUAGAGAGGAGAAGUGUGACGUCAUGUUACCAUGGUAACAAAAUUUCUUGAUGACAACAAUAGGGAGCUUAGGCAACAACGACGGCGAUGGCAACGAAAACAGAAAAAAGCAAUAGGAUUGGCAAAACAACAACUGUGCACGUGCAUCACGCUUUUUUGUACAUUUCCUAGCCGUCGUUGCAUGAGAGUGCUACAUGAAACUUCCUAAUUUCACGCGCCCGCUUUAUGAAUUACCGUAAAAUUCCGAAAAUAAUCCCCUCCAUGUACAAGUCCCUCCAAGGUCCGUUGUUUUGAAAAUUUUUGAUCACUGGGGCGAUGUUUUGAUUUGUUUGUUGAUAAACACAAGCGCGCCCUCUCAUUGGUUGAAAAGUGUCGCGUGACCAGUUGGCCCUGUCCUUAAAUUUAGGGAUAUUCCGGACUGUUUAACAAUUCUAAGUCCAUUUCUUGCGGAUGAUAUUGUCAGUGUUCUUUAAAAUAUUGUUAUUUAUACAAAACCCAUCUCUAUAAUUGAUAGGUCGGCAAAAAAAUUCACCUUACUAGUAAGGGGGUUACAGAAAUUUUUUUCGGCCCUUCUGGCCUCAGUUUGGUCUGAAAAUAAGGGGCCUCUCCUGGAUCCGCCACUGCGCAGCAUAUUCGAAUCGUUUUUGCCUCUCCACACGAAAACGCUAAAACGAUGGAAAUACCAUAGCAUCCCUUAAUUUAGCAUGCGUCAUGCUAUGAUGUAUUUUUAAUGGUGUACAUGUAGUUGAAUGAAGUCGUUUUGAUGUAUGACAUCAUCGAGGGGACCGGGGGCAAGCUUAUUUUUGCGAUGCCGUAAUCGACUAUUUUUGGUGUCCUAGAAUCGUGAUGUACUGAAAAACUGUUCUCUUAAUCGUGAUUGUUGAAGUGCACUCCGUGAAACCUGAACUGCCAAAAUCCUCGGUUAUUUACACGUACAUUGAAGAUCAAUCGAAGAAAAUAAAUCGUUAAUUUGGCCAAACGACCUUAACUAUCAUCUGGUGGCUUGAUUUAACUUCACGUUUGAGUCUUUUGAUGUCACUUCCCACUUCAAUACGCUCAGACCAACCUACAGCUGGCUUCCCUGGGGAAUUUAUAGCCGCGCAGCGUUUAUAAUCGAUGCACUCUGUUUUACAAAAUGGAACUAACGUAACGUUUUUGACAUUUUGUACGACCUCUAUUUUUGACAAGCGUGAGAACGUAAAUUCAGUCAACUUUCUCGUAAGCGACCACCCUUGGUGCACGACAAAGUGGUCGCUUAAGGGAGGUGGUCGUCUAUGAGAAAAAUCAAGAAAAAAACUCAAACUAAACUGAUUAACGUAAUUACACAAAGUUAUAAUCUUACUAGCAAAAAUGAGACAAACAGAGAACUGCUGAUAAUGUUUAGCUCGAAUAGCGCUUGGAACUGAUGAAACUUUGUACGUAACAUGAUAAUGCAUGGAUGUGACAAUCCACUUUUUUACCUACAGAUCGUAUUACAGACAUCUUUUUUGCAAGUCAACUGCUUUAAUAUGUCAGCUAACGUGGUCAGCACUAUUCAAAAAUGAAGUUUUGUGACAUUCGAGCAACGGUUUUGUUACAAUCAUACGUGAUCAUGCCCGGUGGUCGCUUACCGGAAACAGAAAACAAAAGAAUAUGUCAAAUUUCUGGCCCAAAAAGUGGUCGCGGUCGUUCAAGAAAUUUACGUAGUGGUCGCUUACGAGAGAGUUUUUGAAACAGUGUUUGAAACAAACAAAACGGUUAUGUGAAAAGUGGUCGCUUACGGGAGGUGGUCGCUUAUGAGAAGUGGUCGCUAUGAGAGUUGUUUCGUGACUCGGGAAACGUAAAAUUGUUGUUCGUGAACUCGUGAUGAGACACCUCCCCCCGCUGGCCCCCGCCCUCAUCAUCGUAUUCGAAAACAUCCGUUUUCGUUCGUCCACAUGUAAACGAAAAGCCGGCGUUUUAAAAACUCUCCAUUCUGGAGCGUAGACCCUCCAACUCUCACGGUUUGGGCAGUCAACUCACGGUCUCACGACUUAGCCACCAAAUAUUUUUAUUGCCAAAAGAGUAAUAAGACAGUAUACCAUGACAAAAAUAAUCUCCUUUGUUGGUUUUAUUUGACACAUAUUUUGGAAAUCUCCAGGAUUGAGGUCCCAAUCUUCAGGGUUUUGAGGGCUUUUUUUCAAACCUUCCAGAUUCAUUUGCAUAGUUUAGGGGCUGGAAGGUCUGGGAGAGCGUUUUUGAAAAGAAGCGUUUUCGAUGACCGUUUUCAACGAAUACGUUUGGAAGGUACAUACAGGCCAAACUGGAGAAAAAAUCCGUUUUCAACCAAAACGGACACGUGCGGACGGGUGCGUACCCUCGAGUCAAGACGUUGACGUAUCAGAAUUACUGUGUGAGUGAGAUUUGAACUUUAAACUCAUCACAAAUAGAUGAGCUUGGGAACUGGUGCCUAAAAGGUUAGCGGGGUGCCAGAUGCCAAGCUGCAAGGGAGGUGUCCAUGGCAACCCUGGAACGCAGGAACCACCCAAAAGAGCGCCCGCUAACCGGCACCGUCACACUGAAACAAUCAGUGGUUAUAACUUACCUGAAAAUACUUACCCUGAUGACCCAACGCAAAAGAGGGAGGGAGGAGAGGGUGCAAGAAUCCGCAAUGAUUCGCAAUAGCAAAGCGUUUGAUCCGCAAAGAUCAGCUGAUAACACUGCACGUGUAAAGCAAUGAACCUUGAAACCCUGUGAAACCUCUAGAGGCCACCCCAAUGGUCACGUACUGCAGAUGAGGGAGACCGCUGGCUGCAUUUGCUCACAUUUUAACUUUGCCUAAAUGAUAUUUAGCCACAUUUAAACUCAUCACAAAUAGAUGAGCUUGGGAACUGGUGCCUAAAAGGUUAGCGGGGUGCCAGAUGCCAAGCUGCAGGGGAGGUAUCCAUGGCAACCCUGGAAUGCGGGAACCACCGAAUCAAAACCCUUCUCGUGGUGCUUGGAGAAAGGAGGAACCGCGAACAGGGGUGACAUGGUACCUCCGAUCCCCAACCUGCCCCCAAGCACCAGUAACCGAAAACCAUGGUAAAACUACAACAUACCUACAUAGGCUUACAAGGCCAAGUGGAAAGAAGCGACGACCGGAAAUACGCCUGUCCAAGACCCAGGAACAAGAUGCUAUAGGAACCAGAGACCAGUGCGAAGCAGGCGUUGCAAGAACUCCCAUCAGGCCAACUUGAUGGAGAGGGCAGCUAAAGCUUCAGCUGGCGUCCUUAUGUAAAGCUGAUAAGCAUUGCUGGACCAGCGGCCCAUUGAUUGAAUUAAAUGGUCAGGUACUCCAUUGCGAGCAGCGACAGUAGCGGCCCCUAUGCGAAAGCUAUGGCUGGAGAAGUUUCCGGCACCCGAGCUGAGGCCAUAAUCUGUCGAAGCCAAUCCGUCAAGAUGUUGCGCGAGAGAGGCUGUCCAUUUUGCAACAAAAACAAGGGGCCAGGGACAUCUCCCCUAAGCGCGAGGUAAUUCAUUACAGCACGAACUGCACAGAGUGGACGCCUGCCAACGCCAAUGUGAAUGAAUCAGCCCUUCCUAAAUGGAUCAGUCUUCGAGGCCUUGAUCCUGAUGCGCAUGCAGGAUGGAGCUGAGGGCGAAUCCACUGAAAUAUCCUUGACACCCUGGUGGAGUGACGACGAGAAGCUAGGCAAAUUGGGAACGGUAAACUCCGACGCACAAAGAAAGCCAAAAUAUCCAAGGGAACAAGCUGCCCAAAAGACUGCUAAAUAACCAGCAUCAGAUCAUCGGUAAUAGGAAGUCGGCUAGACGAAGAAGAACCUUGACAGCGCUUGAUACCACGUACCACCCGCUGAAGACAAUUAAUAAGCGGAUCAGGGAACCCAUGGUCGAUGUGGAGAGCUCUAACCCCAGAUAAAUAUACCUUGAUAGAAGAAUGCUUAAUGAUGGUCCUAGCAAGGAAGGUGACAAAAAGGCAAAGCGUCCAUUCAUCGGCCGGGCAGGGUAACCCUGAGGGAUGUAACUUCCCCAGCUGACGACAGAAGGAAAUAAACUGUGCUUGGGAAGAAGCAUACGAACAAGGGUAGAUUGGGCCAGGCCUUGGGUCAAGAAGGAAUAGCAUUGCCGCUCUAAGGUGAAGAGGUCAAAGCUGCCAGAAGUUCCGGGGGGAUCCACGUAGGAUGAGGCUGUGCAUCCGGAACCAACUGCCUUAAGUCCUGCCAACGAAAACGAGACAGAGCAUCAGCUAUCUGAUUGUUAACCCCAGGCACAUGUCGAGCAGAAAAGGAGAAACUAUGACGAGCAGCAGAAAGAAGCAGGCUACGCAAUAACUGCAUCAAACUAGGUACUUUCGAGGUCCGGGUGUUUAGAAUAUGGACUACCGCUUCAUUGUCGGAGCGGAACAGAACAUGCCUCUUGCACCACAUGUGGCCCCAUACAUGAGCAGCAAUGACAACUGGGAAGAGCUCCUUAUAAGCAAUAGACUGCUGCUGCUGAGAAGGAGCCCACGAACCCGCAAACCAGUAGCCCUUCAAAUAGGCCCCAAAACCAAUCGAACCAGCUGCAUCGGACGACACUUCGACCCCCGCCUCUGGGACCAGACCUGGGAAAAGACAAAAACUUACGCCAUGCCAGUCAGAGAGAAAGUGGUGCCACCACCGGAGGUCCAAACGAAAUUCUCUGUUAAGCCGAACUAGGUGAUCUCUUCUUUGGAAACGGGACAGAAAGUCAAUCAUGCGGUGCAAAAAGGUUCUCCCAGGCCAAACCACCUUUAAUAGCAGCAUGGUGCAGAUGUCCAAUGAGAGAUUCUAGAUCCUGCCUAUUGCACCACUUUCGUGGAAGCCACGAAGAAAUAAGCUCUUUCAAGGCAGACAAUUUCUGGGCAGGGAGACGAGCCUCUUGAUUAACAGAGUCCAGCUCAAUAUCGAGGACUACGAGCACAGUCGAGGGGCCCACACACUUGCCUGGGUGAAGAGGCAGGCCCAAACACUUGCAGACUGCUAGAGCGGUGCGUAAAUUGUGUGCACAUUGAGACAACUCAGGGGGGCCCUUAGUGAUGAAGUCGUCUAGGUAAUGAAGCAGAUCAGGGAUCUGACAGGAGUACACGAGGAUCCACUCCACCAAAUCGGCGAUCGCAUUGAAGAUGAAUGGAGCUGAACGAAGGCCAAAGGGGAGGGCUAGAUCAACAUAGUACUGGUCACGCCAUUUUCAUCCCCAGCAGGUGACGGUCGGAUGGGUGAACAGGAACAUUGCGGUACGCGGACUCGACGUCAAACUUAGCCAUGAGGGCCCCUUUCCCCAAGCGAGACACUGAGCGAAUAAUUUGAUCAACAGUGAUGUAAUGAAGAGUAAACUCAUCUGCGCUAAUCCCAUCAUUGACACUAGCCUCCCAGGGGGAAGACAAAUCCACCAUGAGACGCCAUUUGCCUGGUUGGCCCUUUUUCGGAAUGACACCAAAACUACUACUACUUCGCCGCCGAACUGGACGGGUUGCUUUCAACAGGAGAAAUCAUGGCAUCAAAAGCCGCCGCUUGGCUGUUACGUGUUGGCCUGGACGUCAUAUCGUAGCAGAACAGCCGGUGAGACCGACGAAAAACCAAUGCCAGAGGCUGCCAAGCUUGAGGCUUGGGCAUCGAGUUGGCCAGUAGAAGACGAAGACGAAGACGAACCAGGAACGCCCCCAAGCGAGGCCGCCAUUGGCACGCUUGAAGCAAAACUAGUGGCAGGCGUUGAAGGCAGAUUCGAAGUUUGCUCGGCCGCUAGCGCUUGCUUGACAGCACUUACAACGGCGGCCAGAAAGGCAGGAGAAGACGGACGGGUGCGUACCCUCGAGUCAAGACGUUGACGUAUCAAAAUAACUUUGUGAGUGAGCGCAGCGAACGAGUGAGAUUUGAACUUAAAAAGCCGAGUUCGUAAAUACCUUACAAAGCACUUUCCCUUUUUUAAUUAUACACAUGCUAAGAUAUUCAUCAAACUGCCAGCCUUUCUUUAAUCUUUCCAAACCGCUAGAAUGAGGAGAAUGAGGUAAUGAGGAUCUAUAUGAGGUAGUGCAGCUCGUAGUGCAUUAGGAGAAAUUACAAUUAAUCUUAACUUGUAGUUCUGAUCCACAAUAGCUGGUGGAAAAUUUGUGAACUUGAGUGAAAUGGCUGGUUCAAAUAACCAAAGAUUACCGAAUUAAAGGCAACAGAAUACACUAAAAACAAAACAGCCCAAGUUUACUUGUUUUUUUUUUUUUCCUUUUCUACUGUAGUUGUCGUGUACGCUCAGCUCUACAAUUUUCUUCAGUGAAAAUGAAAUUUACGAAGAUAUUUUAUUCCAUUUUGAGGACUCUUGUUCACAUUAAAUUCAAAGGCGGGAAAACUUCAUUUUCUUUCAUUUGCAAGUUUCGUAUUGGACGGACCGUUUUGUUUGUUUGUUUGUUUUUGUUGUUGUUGUUUUUUUUUCACGUGUUAAAAGCAUCGUACGCCCCUCUGUAUCUAUCUAUCUAUCUAACAAUUAUUCCACGAGUGAGCGUUGGAUAUGAGAUGGUAGAUAGCCAACGAGGCGCGUACCCAGCAGGGGGUACUCCCCUAUAUAAGCUAUAUAGGUAUGUGCCGUUCGGUCGGGUAGGGUAUUUGCGCCGUUUUGGUCUGAAAACGGGUAUAGUUUUGCCCAUUUUGGUCUGGAAUCGGGAUUUGUUUUCGAGGGAACUACGGGAGUGUAUGAACGUAUUUAUCGUUUCAAUUUUAAAGGAGUGAGAAAGAACUAGAAAUAUAUGAAUUCUAAAUGGAUUUGAACAAUCUUUUUUUUGUUUGCGCUCUAAUCUAAGUAAUGAUGACAUAAUUUCUGCCUAAAGGCCAGGUCUGAAACUGAAAAAAAAAGAAGAAAAAAAAUGAGCCUGUCUUACCCGCUAUGGAUUUCCCGUGGUUGGCCAUAUAAUAAAUCCUUUAUUGACAAAGCUUGUUUGGUCAACAUUGCUGGUAUUAUAUUGAACUUGGCGAAUAUCCAGUCAUAUUGACCUCACACUUGGUCUAUUAUACAACUAUCCCCCGAAGGGGAGGUGAAUACAAGUAUAUAUCUAGCGCUAUGAACUGACCCUGAGGGGGGAUAGUUGUUUUAGUAUUUACCAAAUCAGUUGGAUAAAAAUCAUAAACGAACUUUUCGUAAAUAACAGACUUCACUUAGUUACAGUUUGUUUACAUGGCAAUUGACAGUGUUUCGGGGAUCAUUUUUUAUGAUUUUGUUGAAAUUCAGUAAGAAAUUUUUUUCUACCGACCAGUAAAUGCUGACAAGCCAAAUUUUGUCUCUUUCUUGGUAUUCCUUGGUACACCUGUAUCAUUUACCGCUAAAAUUUCAUCUUUCGAAACUGUCGCGAAACGAGAAUCCCGUCCCAAAACAGUGAAUAUCCAAGGAUAUUCCGAGUUACGGGAGCCAAUCAGAACGCGCGAAAAUUGCUAUCCACCGAUUUGGUGAAUACUAAAACGCUUAUAUGUAGCGUAUCAUGUUUAUGAGUUGCUGAAUUUUUGAAAUUGCCUUACUUCCUAGUCCUCAUUCCUCCACCAAAGUCGGUACGACUUCUUGCAACAAACAAAAGGGAGCUGACUGUUCACUGGCAACGCCCACCUGAACUAAAGGGAAUUCCAAAAAUAGAUUAUAGACUGUUGCUGAAACCGCAAGAUCAUCAAUCAACACCCUGCAUACAGGUACAGUACGUUAAUAACUGAUAUUGGUAUAACGAAGAGCAACUUGUAGCCAAAUUUAGAAAUAACUGGACACAUUCAAAUGUCUUUGGUUUUUGGUUAUUUUUCAAAAAUUAAAAGGGUAGUCAACCUUCCAAAACGUUUUUGUCUCAUAGACACUUUAAGGAAACGUAUUUAGCCUAUCCACAGACAAAAUAAUAUCAUGACAAAAAAUUUUUCGACUAAUUUUCGUACACGACGCGCGACAAACAAAUAAGUCGGAAACGUCUGUAGGUAUCUUUCGGAAAAGAGAGAUUUUUGUGUCACCUCUGCGUUCGCCACAGUAUACAUCGCUUGUUAGGUGAAGGCAAGCAUAUGAUAAUUAUUCAAAACCUGAUUUCAAGACACAGUAUUGAAAAUGCGAUCGCGACUUUCAAGUUCACAAGUCGGCAGCGCGAGCGUAGCAUAAUCAGAAUUCAAAAAUGUCUUUGAAAAAUCUCGAUGUCCUCCUUUUCAUCACAAGCCAUUGCGCUUUUAACCAGAAUACAUAGCGCUUUUAUCCAAAGUGCAAAUGAUUGCAUUAGCUAACAUGUACCAGUGUACGAAAGCAAAAUUUAUAGAUUAACAAAAAUCGAUAACAAUGGAUAGUUAUCGAUAGCAAACAAUAAUCUUCAGGCUCCAGUUGUUCCAAAGGUGGAUAGCGCUAUCCACCAGGGGCCGGUUGCUCGAAGCCUGGUUAGCGCUAACCGUUGGUUAAGAGGUAUCAAAAUGUAUAGGUUUCCAUGGUAUUUAACGCUGGUUAGCACUAACCAUGCUUCGAGCAACCCCGGCCAGAUAAAUUACUAUCCAGUGGAUAAGUACAUGAUUAGGGAAACCAAUUGCGCUAUUCACUGGAUAGUGUUUUAUCCGCUCGAUAGCGCUAUCCAGCCUUUGAACAAUGGGCCCAGGUGUAUUAAGCUCUGAUAUUCUGAACUUGACGAUGCUAUUUGGCAAACGAAAUCCACCAGACCGGCUCAAGCUUGAAACAUUUUAUUAAUGAGUUCAGCGACUGCUCCGAGCGUAGUCUUCAUCACGUUCCUUUUUUUUGUUUCUUUGGUUUUAAUAGAUCUUUACAUGUCCAUUCAAUCCUGCGCCAUCGACUGCGUCUUGUAUUUCUUUCCUUCUAAUGUCGCUCAUAAUUGGAAUCCAGUGCCUUAUAUAUUUUGGGCAUUGAAGACCUCCAGAUCGCUGCCAUCUUUUGGCAUAAGGGGUCGUACUUGGUUCGGCGAAAGCUGUUAUGUAAAUGUGUAUCGCCAAACCUUUUUAGUAUUUUAUCAAUUAAAACAACUGCAUAAUAUCACGACUGAAUGGUCAAUAAUACCGUACAGACAACAUCUUGUUCAUGAUUGGACUUGCCACAAGUCGACCUCACGAGUUUCUAAACGAGCGGAGCGAUCUUUUUAGGCCCCAAAGUGGCCGAGCGAGCGAUGAAGUCAUAUUAAGUCCGAAGAAGGACUUUUUUGAAAGUCUAGCUAAAGUUAAGUAUUCUCUGAGAAUAAUCGCUAGUAGUCGAUAACAAUCGAUAAAUCAAUCAUAAUCGAUUUCUACUUGAAAUCGAUGUUAAUCGAAGUCACUACUUCUUUGUUUAUCGAUUGAUAUCGGAAAUCGAUUUUCAUCGAUGAUUGAUAUCGAUAACUAUCGAUUUUUAUCGAUUAGCGAUUAACUACGCCUGGGACUAAAGCAAUUGCGAGAAUGUUACUCGUAAGUAUUUUAGAACUUACAUGUUAAUUAGUAUCGAUUCCAGCGAGUUGAAAAACUUUUGAAGCUGUCAACAGAUCUCGCAAGUGAGCCAGAGGAUGAAAUCGUUUAUUUGAGUCAGAGUAAUCUUUUUUACCAACUCAGGUUAAAAAAAUUAUUAUCUAUAUGUAUUUCACUGAAAUAGUCUAGUCAAGCAAAACGUCUCCUGCAAACAAUGGUAUCCAAGGCCGGACGCUACGAAAGGAGAGAAACCACUUCGAGCAAACGCGUUCGUUGGCUUUUCCAUUGAGCAUACGGGUCCACGUGACGCCUACGUCAAAACGUGAAGUUAAAUGACAUUACUUUCUCUUGUUUCGCAAGAAUCAUCAGGGACCUAAAGACGCUGUCCGCGUAAGAACCCAUAAGGCAAGUUUUGGUCUGUCACGGAUUGCUCUAAUUUUUUCAGUGGAAGAUAACUAUCCUAUCCCAUGAAGAAAUAUCACAUUUAUUCGGACCAACUCAAUUUUUUUUUUAUUUUACAGAAAGAUUUUGUAGGUCACCUAAAACUAGCCAGUUUGCCGUCGGAAAUGGUGCGAUUUUAAGGAAACUUUAGGGCUCUUGCAAACCUACCUUACAAAGCCGAAUAAGCUGAUUAUUUUACACACAAAUGUUUGAACUCUGAUUAAUAGUUUCAAGGUUUAAUAGUUGCAUUCUGUGGAAAGUUGGCUGAGAUACGAUUUUUUUAAAAAGACCUUUAAUUUGCUUAUCGGGAAAAGUAACUUGCAUAACUAGAGCUGAACGGUAAUUUCGCAAAAGUGGCACCUGACCCAUGCUCAAGUCUAUGAUAAAACAGAAGUACUAAGACCGGUCUACUUCUUAAUGCAAUAAAAUUUGUGGGCACUCCUCUUUGCGUGCUUUACAAAGUUCCGAAAAACACGAACCAUCACUUAGAAUCCUCUUACGGUCUGUUUUUUUUUUUUAAUUAACGAGGAAGAAGCAGCUGAAUAAUAUAUAAUGAUAUAUGUUUGCGUGGCUUAAAAUAAUUCAAUUACUGUGGCCUGUCACGCUUUCCUAAAGAGGGGCGGUCGAUUAGAAAACAAUAGCGUUGAAUCGAUCAAUUUUAUUAUAUUAUCAUCUUUUUUUAAAUGGUAGUUAUUGAUGAUAAUUAAAAAUAAGAGUUAACUUGCAAGGUAAGUCCUCUUGUCACCACAAUAAAAUUUGUGGGCACUCUUUUUUGCUUAUCAGAUGUUUGUACACGGCACUAUGAUAAAAAAAAAUGCCCCACACUUUUUCUAUCUAAAUCCAUGUAUAGCUUUGCAAAAGGCAAAUUAGCUGUAAAUUUCAGUUUCAUUCAAAGAUCUUUAAAGCAUUUAUCGGUAGCAGAAUGAAACGGGAAAAAUAGUUUCUUUUUUCAGUGAAUACAUGCAAAAGGGAUUAUCUCAGUUUUUAGUUUUUGUUAGGGUAUAACAUCCGUAUUCCCAAGGUGAUCUUGUUUUGGUUUCAAUCUAAUUGAAUUAUAAUGUAACAGGUGCCUGUUUCAAAUAUAAUUAUGUCAAUGAAAUCGCCAAAGGGAUCAAUUGUCAAAAAAGCUGUUCUUUUCGCGAGAUCGUCAAGACAGAGUGUGGUCCCAGUAGGGGUGUGGAGGGAAAUGUGUUGGUCGCAGAGUGCAUGAAUGAUAUUACGUCGCACUUAGCCAGCUGUCACUUGUCUAAGUGUAGCAAAGUCAAUGACUGAAUGAACUCAUUUUAGCGAGAGUAGAGGUUUGGUAGGUAUUUGGAACUGAAAUGACAAUCUGCCCAAGGCACAGACACUAAAUAGCCUGUGUACAGACCCCCCCUCCUCCCCUUAGGAAAAAUCGGAGAAGGGGCCCCUUCUCCGAGGGGGUGGGGGGUGGUGUGUACACGGGCUAACACUAAAAUGACAAUCUUCCCGAGGCACAGACACCUACUUGGCAGGUUUUUGCGAGCUCCAAGGUCUUGUUAGGCUCAAUUGUAAGCCGCUGUGCUGGAAAAUGAGCCCCCAAGGGAUGGGAGACGGCGGAAAUCGAGCCUAAGGUCUUGUCAAUACCCCGGUCACACUCUGGAUCAUACUGGCAAAAUAACUACUGUGGCGGGAAAUAAGUCAAAGUUUUGCUCCAUCAUGUAAGUAUCAUUCUUUUUUCUUCUUCAUGCAAAAAAUUUCUAAACGUACAGAGAUAUUCUUAUUUCUCCAUUUAACAUUUUAUCUUGCGAUGUUUUCUGAUGUUCGUUUCCAGUUUAGUUGAGCUUGCAAAGAUACCGUAAAAUUCCGAAAAUAAGCCCCUCCAUGUAUAAGCCCCUCCAAAUAUAAGCCCCCCAAACCGGUACCGCAAAAAACCCUCCGUUAAAUCGCCCCUCCAAAUAUAAGCCCCCCGAGGGCUUGUACUUGGAAUAUUUCCCUUAAAUACAAAGUAAAACAAAGCAAAAACGGUAAAUUUACCGUCAACUGUAAGGCUAGCCCAAUCGAUUUUGAGACGCAAAUUUCCCUCCAUAGAUAAGCCCCUCCGAAUAUAAGCCCCUCAAAAAUAAGCCCCUCAAAAAGGGCCUUUGAAAAAUAUAAGCCCCGGGGCUUAUUUUCGGAAUUUUACGGUAGUUUAUUUAUUUCUAUUUUUUGACAGCCGUGUAUCUUGGUCUAAUCAAUUCUUACCUAUAAAAUACUAUACAUAAAGGUUAAUCUGUGUGUUGUAAAAGAUAGUUUUCUGAUGAUUGUUUGAAGAGCAUUAUAAAUGGGGAAAAAAGAAAGAACUUUCUACACGGAGUCAGGAUUCAACCUCGUCCCCAGGGCUUCCCCCCUGCCAUUUUCUAAGAGGAAUGUCCUUGGGACGUGUGUGAAAAGUAUUUCAUUCUUGCAGUAAAAACAAGUUUUUUUUAACUUAAACAGUGUUUAAAACAUAUCUUUGGUUUUGUAAAAAUUAGUGAGACUUAAAAGUACCAGAAUGUUCAGUUCAACUUUAUAUAGCCGAUUUGCUCCUCCUGUGGCAAGAAACGUGAAAAUCGUGACGCCGAAGGGUCGAGAAGAGUACGAUUGAGCAGUCAGCAACCAUGUCUACACCUUUGCCGGAGAGGUUUAUUGGGCAAGAUUUCUCUGUUUUUCUUGUUUUGAUAACGUUUUCAUUAAGUCUUCAAAAAUGCCUCCAGAUUGUUUUUUUUGUAUUUAUACCCUCUUGAACAAUGUGCUCCAUCAAAGUGCUCCUCCCAUCUCUCUGUUUUUAACCUACUUUACCAUCCACCCUCUCUCCCUCCGGUUCCACCUCUACUUUUACAAACAUUUAUACGUAAAGGGGUGAAAUUUCUCCUCUGUAUAUUAAUUUCUGAAAAAUUAAGUCCUUCUACUUUUUCCUUAAAUUCUUCAACUUAGUUCUUUUUUCUUUAAGAACCGCCAAAGGUGCUGCUAAGGCUGUAAUAAGCGCACUCGCCCUUUCAUAUACUUCAUCUAGUGAAAUUCCUUCCCUUUCAUAUACCUGAAGCCUGUAAAAGAUACCCCUUUCGGGCGGAGCCUCCCCUUAUAGGCCAUCAUAGGGAGUUCCCCCCACCCCCGUUCCAAUUCCGUGCUCACCUAUUGCCAGCCCAUGUUGGACUCUAGGCCCGUUUGAGUCAACACCUAAACAUAGUCCUAAGUGUAAUUACAAUAAGGCAAUGGACGAAAUAACCAAUGUAAUGAACUUGAAUAUACGUUGAACUUGAUCAUAGAGAUCUGCUGCAAGAAGACGAGGCGUUCGAAAGGCAAAAGCUUGUUGCAGGAAUCGCUGAAGAAUAAUUGAGACCACAACACCCUCAAUCAGAAGCUUUCAACCUCUGUGUAUGUCAAAGAAAGAUCAACCUAGUCAGUUCAACGUGGUAACAGAGCCGUAGGGCAGCUGCCUCCCCUGGACCUGUUGAGCCAGACAAAUCAAGUCUGUGCAUGGAUUUGUUUUCUUUUGACUCAGUUAUUUUGGUUAUAGCGAUUUGCAAUUGUUUGCCAUUUUCAUCUUCGAGGUCUAUUUUUCGGAGACAUAUCUCAUGGCAAGUGCUGAAAAUAGCAUUUCGGAGCCUCCAAGGCUCGUGCCUUCGGCUCUCGCGAUAAUGCCCCUCGUUACAAAAAACCUAGCUACAGCCCUGGGUAAUGCUACAAAAAAUAAGUUGUGUCACUUUGAAAUACCAUUCAAAUCCAGGGAAAGAAAAGGAGACCUAAUUUACAAACUUUCGUCUUUCAUUCACUGAGUGCAUGUGCUUUUCUCCAUCAGCUCAGAAGUAAACAUAGACAAGAUAGGGAUCCUUAAUUUAGUGUGAUUAACAGCCAGCAAAAACUUUUGGGAUUUAACAGGAGACGGACCGUAAACAAAAAACUAUGCCUUUUUCUUUUUUUCCAAGUGACCAUUUUUUGGCUAAUUGUCGUGUAUUACACCAUGGGCCGUCAUAUUAAACCCUAUCCUAGUGAAUGAAUACAACAACACGGUAUUUCCCACCCAGUAAAGAACCGGAAUUAACAGUGAUUAAAUUGUAUGAUUAUCAAUAACUUUAACCUCAAAAAAGAUAUAAUAAGAUAAAAGAACUGAUCGAUACACGGUCACUCUGGGGGAAUGCGUGACGAGCCACAGUAAUUAAAUUAUUUUAAUUCGCGUAAUCAUAUCUUCUUCUGCUGCUUCUUCCUCGUAAAAGAAACAGACCUAAGGGGAUUCUAAGUCAUACAUCGUUCGUGUUUUUCCGUGGAAAGAAGAGAUAUUUUUCCCUUAAAAAUAUGAAACACAAGUACUAUAUUUCCUGUCAAUUUGUUGAAACGACGCAUCCAAGGCCAAUUUGCAUACGGAGAAUGAAGUCAUGUUCAUCGUCGACAAGAAAAAAACCAAGAAAAAGCGAUUACCAAGUUUUCUUCACAUGUUUUCGAAAGUCCAACAUUUAAAGGGUCUAAUGACAGUUAGUGAUAACUAGAAACGUUAAAGCUGUGGAAAUUAGUCGACCAGAUGCAGACCGUUACAAUUCCAGCUUUGCUGUCAAAAUGGGGAAUUUUGGAACAUUAACGGAACUUUGUACAGCACGCAAAGAAGAGUGCCCACAAAUUUUACUGCAUUAAGAAGUAGACUGGUCUUAGUACUUCUGUUUUAUCAUAGACUUGAGUCAGGGUCAGGUGCCACUUUUGCGAAAUUACCGUUCAGCUCUAGUUAUGCAAAUUACUUUGCUCGAUAAGCAAAUUAAAGGUCAUUUUAAAAAAAUCAUAUCUCAGCCAACUUUCCACAGAAUGCAACCACUAAACCUUGAAACUAUUAAUCGGAGUUAAAACUUUUGUGUGUAAAACUAAUCAGCUUAUUCGGCUUUGUGAGGCAGGUUUGACAGAGCCCUAAAGUUUCACCAAAAUCGCACCACUUCCGACGGCAAACUGGCCAGUUUUAGGUGACCGAGAAAAUCUUCUUGUAAUAUAGUGAAAAAAUUGAGUUGGUCCGAAUAAAUGUGAUAUUUCUUCAUGGGAUAGGAUAGUUAUCUUCCACUGGUAAAAUCAGGGCAAUCCGUGAUAGACCGAAAUUUGCCUUAUCGGUUCUUACGCGGACAGCCUCUUUUAAAGUUCCAACGACGUGACGGCAACGAGAACGUCAAAAUUACAAAAAAAACCAAUAUGUUAAAACAACAACUUUGCACUUGCAUCAAACAUUUUUGUACGACUACGUCGUGAAAAUGCCUAAUUUCAAGUUUUACGGAGAACGUAAACGAGCAACGGCCAAAUUCUAUUUCUUUUUCUGAGCAUGGAUAUGGUCCUUUCGGUUACAACGUUUGACAAAGUGGGUAGAAAUAUUUACAGCAGACUCGCAUUACAGCAGCAGUUAUCAGCCAAGUUUUAAUUGGUCAAAGUUAAUUUAUUCGACCCUAGCGCUGGACGACGGCUUGAUCAAAAAAGCAAACGGUUGCUCGUAGUGGUUUCUCUCCCUUUGUAGCGUGGCCUCCGGCAUGGAGAAACCACUGUUCACAGGUAAAGCAAAACGGAAGUAAAAUCUCCAAAUGGCAGAGGAAAAACCAGAUGAUUAUAUUAAAAUUGUUGCCAAGGAACUGAAACUGGGCCUGCUCAGCGCUCUCUGAGUGGACGUGUCACAACCAUAUUUCUAAUAUUCCCGUGCUUUUGCUUUUAGCCGGAUUCAGCUUUACGUGAACAUAACUUCUCGUAUACCUUUACUGGCCUGAAACCUUGGUCUAACUACUCCGUGACUAUUUGUUGUGAAUUUUGGGGGCUGACGUCACAUGUAAAUAAAUCAUUGUGUACUUGUGGUGGUUCUAAGUAUAUAGAAGGAUGGCCAGUCUUUCAACGCACAUUACCCGAAGGUAAUAUUGUUUAAUCUAUUAAUACUGGUCUAAACGCACGUGGUUUCUUGCGAAAUAUAUUGCGACUUGUGUAAUGAUUUUUCGAUAUGCCAGAGUUCAAAUUGAAUUCUGUUAAAUCUAUUGCAUUGAUUGAAAGAUUAUAAAGAGAUUUCACUCUCUUUAACUGAACUUUCUUAGGUUUAGUUUUUCAGUUGCGAUAAGCACGUAGACAACGAAGAUCAUCUGACUCAUUUUCAAUCCCUCAAGUUCUUGCAAGCUAGAGAGACCCAUUCUUCAGAAAAUUUUGUUAGAGAACUGAGGUAACAAUCGCAUUAUGCCUUUCCUAGCGGUAAUUGAGGGCAAAAGGAUUGAUCAAAAGCAAAGCUGAGGAUUAAAACUUCGGAUCUCCCCUAAAGACUAGUAGGGUUGAGGACUUAAUUUAAAAUCGAAGCUCUCUAAAUCUAUAACACACUAGUGAAUGUUCCCUCAUUAGACAGACAAUUGCUAAAAUCAUUCCCUCACCUUCAUGAUGUUCAGUUCUCACACAAGAAAGGCCCAACUGAUUUAAACUUAGGAGUCCAGUACAGCCAUUCCCAUGCAGAAGAAGAGGUCCGUCAAGGUUUGUCUUUCUAACCAGUGGAGAAACCGGUAUUUAAUGAACACCUAGGAUGGAAAGAGAUUGGCGCUAUAGAAAGCAAAAGUGGUGACCUUGAGGUAUGGUCACUCAGCUUCGUCCAGAGGAUGGAUGUUAAAAAUUAAUGUAGUGCGAUUUAGGAAUUUGCCUUCCACACCGUGAACCAGGUGCACCACGCUUGGUGGUCUACUAUUCCGCCUGUAAAUACCAAGGUGCUUUCGACAAUUCAGUUCUCUGAAAAGGACCUUGCCUUACGAGAAAUUUGUUGGGCAUCCUGAUACGCUGUCGGGAAUAUUCUAUUGGAUUCGUAGGGGACAAUACGGAUUCUCCCACCAGAAAAGGACACUCAAGCUCAAUGCUCUCUCUAGCGUAAUUUCUUGUAGAUUCGGAGACCGCCUUCUAUGCAAGUCCUGUCCCGAGUAACCUAUGGUGACAAACCGUCAUCCGACACGGCCGGCUACGUAAUCAUUCCCAUCGCUAAGGAACUGAGAUGAGGAAGAGUACCUGGAUGCAGCAGAACUCUAACUGACGCUCACAUAACUAAAUGAAUUACCUCAUUCAUUGUUUGACCUCCUAUAAGGCGGUCAAUCGGAUGACAACCCUCCAUCAAGCUCUCGUAAAGGGGAGUUUUCAAAUAGAGGAAUGGUAGUGAUCUUCUAAGUUCAGGUAAAGGAAAAUAGAUGCCAGUAAUGUUAUCGAACCUCCUCUUGCUGAAACAGAGUAGGGCAACGCCCUAUCCAAUCAUCAACAGAGCUUACAAGUAAAAGAAGUCAAUUUAGGUGAAGAGUUGAGGUUGGCUGGAACCCUGUUUUGAAGUAAAGGAUCCUCGGCUGAGUGGCUAGUUCACAAAGCGAAAAGUCUUAUCAAAAAAGAUCUUUGAAAAUUUUCAACCUCUUGGACACAAUUAAGGCAAGAGUUGCGUAAAGAAAUUUGGAAAAUGAAGACGUUUGACUGGGGCGACCCUUUACGUGAGGAGAUCAAAAAUACGUGCAUCGAACUUUUGUCAGUCAUCGAAACGUUAACGUAUGUGGAAUUUCCACCUUCUUAACAGGCUUGACUGAGCUGUACGUAUUUGCAGAUGCAAAUUCUAAUGCUUAUGGGGCAGUUGCAUACUUGUUAUGGCCCUCUCGCGACAUUCCUAAAGUUCGCUUGGGUUUAGCGAAAGCAAGAGUAGCUUCGCUCCGCUGCCGCACGAUUCCGCGUCUUGAUUUUAUAGCAGCGUUCAUGAGGUUACGACACGCUAAGACCAUUAACGAAGUAUUCAAAGUAAAACCCGAAGAUUGCAGCUUUUAAAUGUGAAAGGCGUGAUGCGAUUGUAACCCUUACCGCAUACUAACUUCUCAGUUGAAAGAAAAAAUUCUCGAAUACGGUCAUCAUCACUAACCAUCCCCAUCAUCAUCAGUGUUGUAGUUACCGCCCCGCCACUAACUCUGCCAUCAUCAUUGUCAUCGUUACUAGCGUCGUCGUCGUCGUCGUAAUCACCUUCCUUCGUCACCAUGAUCACCCCUUACCUUAGCCACGAACAUCGUCAUAAGCAAAGUUAUUUCUUUUGCCAUUUCAAUCUUUUCGUCAACACACAUUGGCUAUCAUGCACUUUGUUUCAUCCUCUCUCCGCCCACGCUUUUCCACUAGCCUUGUUUUCAAUUUUCUUUCGGACGAACCGCAAAAUGCAAUCGCCCCUUGAGAAUUAUACAUGUAUGUAAUAUUUCGGGGUCAAACGUAGUGGAUUGUGGUGAAUCUGCAAGUGGUCGAUGAGUUUAUGGGGCGGUCUUGAACUUAACAUAACAUUUAACCAACCACGCAUAUUUAUCUCCUCUUUAUUUUCUCACUACUGACAGCUCCUUCAAAACAGCCUCUGCUACAGCCGUGUGAGGCCUCGUGUGGAGACAGAUACUUCAGUGCCGUUCUAAAGUGGAAGGUAUAUAAUUCAGCUAAUUAAACGUAUACCUCAAAUAAAUGAGAAACAAGUUACAUUGAUUGUAAAAAAUAUAUAUAUUGAAAAAUUGUCCACAAUUUAAAUUGUCUCCCGAGAAAGUUUGAGUUGUAAUUCAGGAAAUCCUCGAAAAAUACUGAAAGACUAAAUAGUCCCAUCUAAAAGUUCUGCCAGUCAAGAGUGGUUGUCAUUCGAAAGGGAGGACGAUCUGGUCCACAGGCUUCGGGCAAAAGUCAGUAUCAGUUAGCAGACUAAGCAUUAUGGGUUUAAGUACCACGCGAUAUGUAAUACUACUGCGGGGAAGUUUUAUUGAAAUGGUCGCAUCUUGGAGUUCGCCGGGACACAAAACCGUAGAUUAUUUACUCUGGAGAAAUAGAAUCAAUUAUCUCGAACGUUAUUUUGUAGGCUAGUGAAGAGCAUGAGUGGAAUGGAAUUCCAAUCAAGUCUGUUAUUAAGCUGUGGAGUGAUUCACAAGAUCAGGAUGAAAAUCAAUUUGGUGCUCCUGUUACUUCAUUUUCUGUUCCCCUGGCAGCGGAUUUUAAUGGUUCGUUGGUGACAUACACUGUACACAACCUCAGCAUUCAUUCAAGUUACCUCGCCACGGUGCAGUUUUGUACGCAGGCAGGAUGUGGUCCUAACGCAACCAGGAAUUUGAGCUGUGAAAAAUGUGAACUGUUAAGUGAACCAGGUAGCUGAUACAUUAGGGAGCUUAAGCAACAACGACGGCGACAACUACGAAAACUUCACCUGAUUCAGUAAAAACUGUAUUCGCGCUGGGUCAAACUUUAUCGCGCUUAUUUCAUCCCGUUCAAUUUGUCUAAUGUUAGCAAAUUUUUCUGGAGUUGAAUUCUUAAAGACUGUAUCAAAGUUCAGGAAAAAAAAGAAAGUUGUUUUCUUGCGUUUACGUCCUCCGCAAAACUUGAAAUUAGGCACUUUCACGUUGUCGUCGUGUAGCGAUGGUAAGGAAAUGUAUAAAAAAGAGUGAUGCACGUGCAAAGUUGUUGUUUUGCUAGACUAAACAUACUGCUUUUUUAAUCGUUCUCGUUCGCGUCGUCGUCUUCGUUGUUAAAGCUCUCUAAAAAUAUUUCAAGACGAAUUACAGUGCUUUAUUGUUCUUUUUGUUAUGUCUAUUGUACCCAUCAAAUAUGGCAACCAUAGGAAAAAGUCCAUGAAAGUGAACAUUAACAUUUUCUCUACUAAAAAAGAGGUAAUGUUGCAAUAAUCUUCUGUCCAUUAUAAGUAGUUUUAAGCGUAUGUCCGCCGUAACUUGGCCAAGAGGUUGGAACUGAUAGGAGACACUUUAAACAUAAUGAAUUUUCAAAGGUAAUAAUCAAAACUAUAACAGAUUAUAAUGUUUUCUGGUUCAUGUAAAAUAUUUCAAGUGAAACCUCACUCGAAAGACGGUCCACUGUAAUCUGAGAAAAUAGUUAUAAGGUAACAACUUAAAAUUUUGAUCUCUCUGAAAAUAAAUAGUUGAAUAAUGCAAUUUCUAUCACAAACGAGUAAAUCGCCAAAGUUUAUAACUGUCUUCUUGCGUGGCAUUCCAGUAUAACCAAGAUAUGCGUCGCUCGAAAGGGAAAGUUGCCUCCUGUUCGUCGCAGUCCAAUAAAGAAAAGAUAUUUUGACUGAAUCUUCUCCAGUAGUAAAGUUACCUGCUAGUAUAUGUUAAAAAAACAACAACAAAGUAACUGAGUGUUUAACAUUUGUACGUGUGUUCGAAAUUGUGAAGGUGAAAAAUAAUUUGAUACGAUAAAGUGUGAUUCAUAGUGACCACGUUCAAGUUAUCCGUAAUAAUUGUCUGUGCUGCAUGCUUUUUUUGACAGUGCGUAAAAUCUAAUAGAAUACCUGGAAGGGAUCACUGUUUGUUUCUUUGUUUGUUUUUUGCCUCAAAAGCAUUCAUAUUAGUAUAUUUGCUUUCUUGUUCUCUAUAUAAUUAUCCUUUUAAACAGACGGUCUUUGUCGACCCAGCGUCUUUUUAUCCAUGUUGUUAUUAUAUCAAGGUUGUGCUCAGAGAAACAAUGUAGGGAACUCUAAAACUCUGAGUAGGCCAAGGGCAAAACCAAGUCGCCGUUGGCUACAAGACAGAAGGGAACUUAUAAGCACCAGACGUUCUUGAUUCACGAACGGCAUGACUGGCCGCGCAGAAGUGGAUCGGGGACGCGGUUUGCGCGACAAAUGCAAAUCAUCAUGCAAAACAACGUGAAACCAUCACGAACGCCGACAGAAUAAUUCAGUUGAAAAUGUCUUUCAAAGAUUUGCGUCAAGUUUUGUUUCUUUCUUACGAAGAAAACAUGAUUUCAGACGAAGAAGUCCUACUUUUGUGUGACGAAUACUCUCGAAGAACCCAGAAUUUGAACCUCUGGUUUCAACCGGAGAACUCGCGUUUUGAAGUCCGUGACCGCAGCUCAAGAACGUCUUGACAAGCGCAGUGGCUGUCAUGCUGCAAAAAUACUUCCGGUUGGCGUGCGCGCUACCAAGAAUGACUGGUGCUUAAGUUCCCUAAUAGAAAGCUAUAGCAACGACGACGGCGAAGGCAUCUAGAACGUCAAAAAAGCAAUAGGUUUGAUUAGGAAAACAACAACUUUGCACGUGCAUCACGCUUUUUCUACAUUUUUUAGCCGUCACUGCACGACUACAGCUUGAAAAUCCCUAUUUUCACGUUUUAUGGAGGACGUAAACAAGCGACAAAAAAUUUCUUUUUCUUUCAAAACUUGAAUGUGGUCCCCAAGAAAUCAACUCCAGGGAAAUUCGCCGACAUUUGACAUUUUCAGCGAAUUGGAAUAAGCGCGACAAAAUUUGAAAAAAACGCAAAUUUAUUUCAAAGUGACGUUUUCGCAGCCGUCGCCGUCGUCGAUGCUAAAACUCCCUAAUUCUAGGGCGCUUCCCUUCGAUAUAUUACUACCUACACUGUUGUUUUUUUUAAAAUAAUUCACAUCCUUUUUUUAAAUAAAUGACCGUUUUUGUAGGCACACCAGACCAUCAGGUGCCAUCUGGGAGUCCGGAGUCCCGUCAGACGAUGAUUGUAAGCGUUGUGGUUUCUGUGGUAUCAGUGCUUGUUAUUGCUGUUGCUGUGUGGUGGUGUUAUAGAGAAAGGAAAAAGAGGUCUCAACAGCAAGAAAACAUCGUUCCUCUAGAAGAACAGAUAGGAGAUGUGGUAUGUCUACCUUUAGCUUGAGUUAGUUAUUGUUACAAGACCUCUAAUGCUUUAACAAGUUAGUGUUAUUCGUUUUCUAACAAUUGCAAAGAGAAUUAUAAACUAAUACCAAUCUUACUUUGAAAGUGGUAAUCCGUUUCCUAUUCUCUUUUCUUGGUCAAACACAACCGAAAAUGGUUUACAAAACUGAAAGAUUUUUUUACUGUUGCCCUUGUUGGUAAUGUUUCUUUGUUGCUGUGGGUUUUUCAAACGACGCCUCGUUCUCGUUCAAAGCAAACCGAGAACGAUACUGCCGCCAUACUGACCAGCCUCAGCAACAUCGGAAUAUUUCCGAUCGUGUACGGGAGCCCUCGGUCAAUUUCGGAAAUCUCCUUGUUAGUUCUUACAUAAAGACCGACGUGGCAGCCAUGUCAUGGGGCUCUUUACCUAUUCACCUUUAUUAUCGAUUUACUUUUCAGACACCUCGAAUAUACGAACCGCCGCUAUCCUUCACGUUCGACAGCGGCGUUUACCGUCAAAUACCAGACACGCAAUCCCUCCUAACUGACAACCAAGCAGCAGAGAUGGUCUAGACAAAUGGUCUUACAUUUUUGUUCUAUUUUGGUUGUGGGUAUGGUGAUAUUACCUUGUGUAGGUGGCGGUUUUGUCGAGUUCGAGCACACUAGGCGACAUAUCGAUGCAAUAUGUCGGGGCGACAAGUCAGUUCUUGUGUACAGCUUUGGCUGCGAGUUGUGCGACACGUUGCAGCGACAAAUCGCUUCGUGUAUGCUGGAGAAUGUCUGUGAAAAUCUUGUCGACGCAACAAGUCGCUCAAAUUUAAUGUAAUUUGAUUUUGAGCGACUUGUCACCGCGACAAAAUUCUGUUAUGGAGGCAGAUUUUCACAGAAACCUCCAGUACCCUAGAAAUGAUUUGCCACUGCGACGGAAUGCUGCAACUUGUCGCUUAGUGUAUUCCGAACUUUCAAAACUUUCCAGGAAGACCUUGACAGAAUGUUGGGAGAAAACUUGACCCAAGACCUCGCUUAGGUUUAUUACGAAAUUAGAUAAGAAGGCUCUGUGUAUUGCGUAACGUUAGAAGUCAUGACUUGCGGGCGUACUGUGCCGAACGUACAUUACGCCGGAUAUAUUUUCCAUUCCGCUGGAUAAAAGGAAGUUAUUUGUGAAUGAGAUAUUUAAUAACUGCUUGCAUAUUUUGCAGUAAAUAUGUUUCCAUUGAAGUAUUUAUGUACAUACCUAUUUUUUCAGUCGUUGCCUUUAGGUAGUAUUUUUAUGGUAAGAUUUUUGGAAAAUAUUCUGAUACGAAAUUAACAACUUUAAACUAAAUUUUAUUUUGUGGCUUUGAAAUCCAGCAUGUUAUUCUUAAAAAGGAUCAUAUUUUGUUUUAUCCAUGUUGCAUGCUUGUGUGAUUAAUUUUCAUGUAACCUUUACGUGCUUACAAACUUGCACUUAGAUUUGCACGUGUUAUUUAUGGUUUCUCUACGCUUAUUUAUGAAGGAUUUUUACCGUCAACGUUUUGAAAACUUAAGUGUGUAAAGUUAGGAUCGCACUACCUUUUCCUUUUCUACUUGACAAAGUUUCGGACAUUUGUGUCCACAAUAUUUAACAUAUGGGUUACACAAUUUAUAAUACAGAACCAAUCAAAAUUCAAUCAAGAUCCAAUCGAGAACCAAUCAAAAUCCAACCAAGAUCCAAUCAAGAACCAAUCAAAAUCCAAUGAAGAUCUUUGAAAGCGGGAUGGUGCAGUUCAACGGUUACUUUCACUAUGAAUCUGUUUCCACUUUUAAGCAACGUUUGAUAGCUUUUCUUUGAAAACUUUUCUUAAAUAAUUAUUUAACCUAGUUCAUUAAGAUUUGAUUCAUCAUUGUAAGGGCAUUAACAAUUCUUUAAAUGCGCCACAUAAACCUCUUUAUCUUAUUAUUACUUUAAAGUUCUUAAACAUUUGCAGAUGAUGUGCCAAAAAAAAAAAACUUUGGCUUCGGAUGGUCCUUUUAGUGUUAGUUGCUAUAUAUAUAUAUUUUACUGUUAGUCUACCGUAAGUAGGUUAUUUUAAGAUAUAUUCCAAGUUUUAUUGACGGUUAUGCUGUUAGCUUUCCUUAUUUUUUAUAAAAAAUUUUAAACGAAACCUAACGCCCAGUCUAUAUAUAUCCGUUUCCUUUUCGCCAGUGGUGAAGGAUCAGUUGAAAACAUGUAAAUGGUUAUAAAAUGUCCAAAACGAUGUUACAGUCUGUAGAAAAAUAAUUAUCUCUAAAGCAAAUUCUUCUCUUUUUGCCGCCAGCUAGUCUGAACCGUGAUGGAAAGCUAACUUGAUCACCAGGCAAUUGAUAGGCGUCAUGGCUGGUUUCGGGUAUUAAUUGUAAGCGUCGACGUUAUCGAAAACAUAUCUAAUUUGCUUUUCGCUCUGCUUUGUAAAAAACACCAGGUUACUGGCAGGAAGUUUUAGAAAUGUUGGAAUUUGAUCGGAUAUAUCUAGACUGGUGGUGGGUCGGCAAACGAACAUGUGAUGUAGACGCGGCCAAUGUCUUUCCCUGGCCCGCUUGUUUCUCGUUCACUACCAAGAACUCGUCUCGAUUCAUCGGUCGAGAGAAGAAAGUGGGACUGGGCCGAAAGGGUAAAGGUAUUUAAGCACAGAAUCAACUAGGUGUGAAGUAUUUUGAUAAGCAGCAGAUUGGUGAAUUUUUCUAAAAAAUGCUUGUGGGUGCGAAAAUGCAUUUUGGGGCAGGGCCCAAACGAUGAGUGUAUUACAAUAUAGAUUCAAUUUGGUAUAACAUAGUAUACUUUCCAGAUGAGUGGCAGAGUGUGUUAUUUUUCUUUAAAAAAUGCCCUAUGUACGAGAAUGGGCGGGACCCAAACGACUGGGAAAUUACAACAUACAUUUAAUCAGCUAUAAAGAGUGUGUUAAAUUCUAGG